UGCGCAUCUGCUCUCUCCUAAACACUUCCGCCACACACCACAGCUACGCACAAUAACCCUAAAUCCACCUUAAGGACUUGCUAUCAACAUAUUCUGGCUUCAAAAACAUCGAAGCAUCGAGUGAAGAUCACUGCCCUUUGUCGCCAUCGACGUAAACUUCUUCCCAAUCUCGUAUGUUUAAACCACCAGACAUUAGUCAUCAAUGGCCGUUACCUGCGUCGAUUCCUCGACGUAAGGCCUUCGGCCCAACAAAAUCGACGGUAUGUCAAAAUGCCUAACCUAAAACCAGCAAAUACAGUCCUAGAGGGACAUUACCAGACGAAAAUCGACCAUUAGAUCCCACUAUAUUCUACCCAAAAUCCCAGCUCAAACGAUUACCAAACCUUCAAAACCCUAAGAACCCAAUAUUCUUGAACCUCUACAAUCCAAAUCCACGGCGUGGAUGAGGGAAGAGAAAUUAGAGCAGAGGAGCGAUCUGAAUACUCAAGACAACAUGUAUACGGCUCAAAUCUUAUUUAGGACUAGCGCUGCAGCUUCUAAGAGUUUCAUUUCUUGUCCUCAAUUCGGACUCCACUAUUGAGCUUCUUCGAUGCCGGAUACCAUUGUCACCUCUGGCGAGAUGCCGUCAACUUCCUCGCAGCUCAACUCAUCCUCGCGCAUAAUAUGCCGCGUAUGUCAAAAGCAAUUUUCACUGUACACUUGCCCUCGAUGCAAUAUACGCUAUUGCUCUCUUCCAUGUUAUAAGUCACAUAGCCUUAGCUGCACCGAGUCUUUUAUGAGGGAGAAUGUUAUGGAGGAACUGCAGCAAUCACAACCAGAUGAGCGAAGUAAACGGAAAAUGUUAGAAAUACUGAAACGUUUGCAUUCAGAAGAUGAGACGGAAUCUUUGGACGAAGAUGAACCAGAUUUCUCAUGGUCAGAAUCAACUAUUCAAAAGAUCCUAUCUGGAAGUGAGAUAAGUCUUGAUGAUUUAACUCUUGAAGAGCAGAAACGUUACCAAAAAGCAAUAGCCUCAGGUGAGUUGAGCAAAUUGAUUAAGCCAUGGGAGCCAUGGUGGACGAAGCAGUCAGCCAAGUAUAUCUCUCUUGGCCAGUAUGGAACCCAACUUGUCCAGCCGAUUUCUAAAGAAGAAUCCACAGCUACUUCAGAAGAUGACAUAGAAAGUGAACCUUUGCAUGACAUUCCACCUGGCCCCGAAUCCCCAUUACCUUCAGUUAGUAAGCUGAGUGCCGCUGCACCAUCCCCAUUAUUGGCAGUUCACCUGGUUGACAUUGUAUACAGUUAUUGCUUCACCCUUCGCAUAUACAACGGGGACUGGCAAUCCGACCCGACAGGAUCCGCCACGGUUUUGCUGAGCGUUUCUUCAGUUAUGGGUCAAGGUGCACAGCCGGAGACUGUACUGGAGGCUCUGUCACAUUGUUUGGAGCAAACAUGUUCUCCCGCUCUUAGACACAUGGGCGGCCUACAACUCGGAUUCAGACUCAUCGAAGACGUGAUAGAACUUCUCUAUCUCGGUGGUGCAGCCUUAGUUUGCUUGCUCACUGAUCUACGGAGGCUGAUUCAGUCAGCAGAGAAAGAAGUAAAGUCUGCAAAACAAUCCAAGCUCGAAAGAUCAGAGAUGAAGAAAAAGCUGAAGUCUGCUGAGAGGAAGGUUUACUUCAUUAUGUGCUGGGUUCAUGAGCAGCCAGGCGAGGCAUGGUCUUCCUUAGCUGCCAUUGUCAAGAUGGAGCGGAGUCAAAGCAUGGAAUACGCGGCGGGAACUGAGACAAGUCUCCCGAAGAAGGAGAAAGCAGAACGGUUUGGCAAGCCGGUUAUCAAGGAAAUCCAAUGAGGCGAAUGUUGAAUAUGUGAUAUGAAUUUAUGUCCUUCCUUCGCUUGAAUUUUUUGCUUUAAGUUUUAUACUAUUGGAAUUGUAAUUGAAUUAUAUUAUGAAUGAAUUUAUGUUGUCAAAGAGUGGCCAUACUGGAAAA